AUGCUGUCCGCUUUACAAAACCCACGGCACGCUGCCACCCAGCUGCUUAACUUUGGCCUGAUCCUAUCUACAGCCUUUAUGAUGUGGAAAGGAUUAUCAGUUAUCGCCGAUUCGCCAUCUCCGAUUGUUGUGGUGCUCUCUGGUAGCAUGGAACCAGCAUUUCUUCGAGGAGAUUUGCUCUUUUUAUGGAACCGGAAUAUAUUCGAGGAGACAAAGGUUGGGGAAAUUGUAGUGUAUAAUGUCAAGGGCAGGGAUAUUCCAAUUGUGCAUAGGGUGGUGCGGAAGUUCGGCGUUGGCGAGGAGGCUAAGCUACUGACGAAGGGAGAUGCGAAUGUCGCUGAUGACACCGAGCUCUUUGCUCGAGGGCAGGACUACCUUCAGAGGGAGGACAUCAUCGGAAGUGUAGUUGGGUUCAUACCUUUCGUGGGAUACGUGACGAUUCUACUGAGCGAACAUCCAUGGCUGAAGACUGUGAUGCUGGGUAUAAUGGGAUUGGUGGUGGUUUUACAACGAGAAUAG